CCUACACCCAUCUAAAACCCCCCCAAAAUUAAAAAAAAAAAAAAAAAAUUCCUCAACAAUUUUCUCCAUUUUCAACUAAACCCACGCGCUAAUGGCAGUGCGUGCAACAAUUAUCCGGUUUCCCGGUGACCAAGAUGCACUAGAAGAAUCAGGUUUACCAUGGGGAGUAACAGUUUCACCGUUUGCUACAAAGGAUGAAAACGGUAACCCACCGGUUUAUGGAUCGGACGGUCAUCAAUUACCGAGAUGUGAGAAUUGUUGGGCUUAUUAUAAUACAUAUUGUGAACAAGAACAAUGGGCUUGGACUUGUUCACUUUGUGGCACACUUAAUGGACUUUCUAAUCAGGCGAUUACUCGUUAUUCGUUACCUGAAUCUUGCCCCGAAAAUGUGUCUUCUUUUAUUGAUCUUGAAUUGCCAAUGGAAGAAUCUGAGGAAAUGCCGGCGCGGCCUGUGUAUGUUGCGGCGGUUGAUCUUGCUUCAUCAGAGGAGUUCUUGGAACUUGUUAAAAGUGCUCUUUUAGCUGCUUUAGAAGCUCUUGGGCCUGGAUCACUAUUUGGCUUGGCCACAUUCAGCCAUAAAAUAGGUUUGUAUGAUGUUCAAGGCCCCAUUCCAGUGGUGAAGAAUGUUUUCAUUCCUCAUGAUUCUGAUGGUACCGUGUCUAUGGAACUUCAGGAUGUCAUGCCCCUAUUGUCGUUUUUAGCUCCAGUGGAUACCUGUAAGGACCGCAUAGCGUCAGCACUUGAAACUUUGAGGCCAACGACGUCAUGGGAAAGGAAUUCAGGUGCAGGUCAAGGGUUAGAUGGAGUUUUCCUGGGUGGAAGGGGUUUUGGAUCUGCAAUGGAAGCCCUUUUCAGUUAUCUUGGAUCGGAAUAUGGAAAUACAUUUGCAUUAGCUAGAGUUUUUGCUUUUCUUUCGGGCGCGCCUGAUAUUGGAGCCGGUCAACUAGAUACAAGACGGUACGGAGAGCAGUACGCUAGUAGACGAGAGGAUGCGGAUCGAGCUUUACUUCCUGAACAAACUCCAUUCUAUAAAGAUCUGGCUGCCGUGGCUGUUCAAUCAGGUGUUUGUGUAGACAUAUUUGCUGUGACAAAUGAGUAUACUGAUUUAGCAUCACUGAAGUUUCUGAGUAUUGAGAGUGGAGGCUCCUUAUUUUUUUAUACGAGCACUGAUGACUCCACACUUCCUCAAGACAUGUACCGUAUGUUAAGUCGACCAUAUGCUUUUAAUUGUGUCCUAAGGCUGAGGACUUCGUCGGAAUUUCAACCGAGUCAUUCUGUAAGAUUUUCUUCUAGCCUUUUGAUUCCACUGAUUCUUAUUCUACUAUCUCGAUUGGCUCAUAAUACUUGCACUAUUUCCCAACAGUAUGGGCAUUUCUUCCCAGAUCCACAAUAUGAAAAUGUCCAGCACAUAAUUUGUUGUGAUUCUUUCGCUACAUAUGCGUACGAUUUUGAAUUUGCAAAUAAUGUUGGAUUUUCCAGGCAUACUGGAGAAUUGCCUAUGCUGCAAAUUGCUUUUCAGUAUACUGUUGUUGUCCCACCAGACGAACUUGCAAAUGUAGGGUCAAAUUCUACAAGAGCAAAGCAUUCUCUCAAAAGGAGAUUAAGGAUUCGAACUCUUCAGUUUGGAGUAGCUCACAGCAUAAAUGAGAUUUAUGACAGUGUUGAUUCUGAAGUGGUGCUUUCAUUACUUGUCCACAAGGUUAUUCUAGCCUCGUUGGAGCAAGGCGUUCGAGAGGGCAGAAUGUUACUUCACGAUUGGCUUGUUAUUCUUACGGCUCAGUAUAAUGAUGCUUGCAAACUUAUUCAGUCUGGGCAUGGAGGUUCAACAGGCGUUCACAUUGAUGUUGCAUUCUCCCAAUGUCCUCAACUGCAACCUUUGCCCCGUUUGGUUUUUGCUCUAUUACGAAAUCCUCUUCUCCGUUUACACGAAGAAGGCGUGCAUCCUGACUACCGAAUAUAUCUUCAGUGUCUCUAUAGUGCACUAGAACCUUCUUCUCUCAAUCGUGCCAUAUAUCCAUUGUUAACCUCAUAUGCCUCGCUGGACAAACAAGCAUAUCCUCGACAUUCCCUGAGCCGGGCUGCACUGAUUACAAGUGGGAGUCCAAUAUUUUUCCUUGAUGCAUUCACAAAUCUCAUUGUGUUCUACGCUUCAACAGCAGACCCUUCCCUUCCUUUUCCACCACCGCAGGACUGCUUACUGAGAACAACAAUAAACAAGCUGAAGCAAGAGAGAUGUAUCACACCGAAACUUACCUUUAUCAAGGGAGGGCAGGACGAUGCAACAGCGUUUGAGAAUUAUCUGAUAGAGGAACAGGAUGUGGAAGGAAGUGGCUUCACAAGUGUUAUGGGUUUCGUUUCGUUCCUUGAGGAGAUUAAUCAGAGCACGUUAGAGUACUUGAAAUAACUUGCAAGAAGUUGCAUCCAUCCUUCAGUACACAGGUUAUGACAGGAAGCAGGCACCUCCGAACUUACUGUACAAUUGGACCAGAAACAGUUAUAAUCAAAGAACAAACAUGCAUUUCCUAGCUUCACGUGAAGAAAACCUUUGCAACAAAGGGUUACAUGAAGCAUUGCAGCAAGCUUUUAUGACUUACUCAGAGCAGUUCUACCAAUGUGUCACACCCCAAGACAGUAGAUUUACUCAUUCAAAUUUUGUACCAGAAGCUGGCUCAAACUGUUUUGCUUUUGUUGAUAAAGUUCUGAACUAGAACUUUUUGUUUUCAGGGUUUCUGUUUUUUCACAUUUGGUUCUGUUGGUGCAUUGGCACAUGCAAAACGGGAAUAUUUUUUUCCCUCUGUUGAGCUAUGUUUUUGUGAAGUACACAGUUGAAUGUUCAAACAAACUAGUCUUUUAGCAAUGAAUGUUUGCUGAGAUUUUCGUUCU